GUGUGAUGAUGGCAGCGGAGUUCAACAAAUGCAGUAACCGACGGACGGGCGGAGGUGAGGCCAUGGGCGUGGAUCGGGGUGUGGACAGAGGCGCGAUCGCGGGCGGAGGAAAAAUGGGCGUGAGACGAUCACUAGUCCUCGUCCUGGCACUUCUAUCAACACUAUGCGGCGUGGCAGUAGGGAGUCAUUCUGGCGAGAUCUCGUCCGCCAACUUUCGAGCCCGUGAGAAGCAGAUCAUCGACGAGAUUAUCGGCCCCGAAAACUACGAUAAGCGCAUCAGGCCGGCGGGGACCAAUGACACAGGCCCUGCCGUCGUCCGCAUUAACAUCAUGAUCAGGAAUGUGGAGACGAUAUCUGACGUCAAGAUGGAAUACAGCAUACAGAUCUAUUUCCGCGAACAAUGGAAGGAUCAUCGUCUAACCUUCAACAAUAUGGGAGGACGUAUCAAGUACCUGACGCUGACAGAGGCUGACAUGGUGUGGAUGCCUGACUUGUUCUUCAAGAACGAGAAGGAGGGACACUUUCACAAGAUCAUCCUCCCGAAUUUCUACAUCCGAAUCUAUCCCGAUGGCGGAGUUCUCUACAGUAUCCGAAUCUCGCUGACGUUAUCUUGCCCGAUGGACUUGAAGCUGUUCCCCCUCGAUCGUCAGCAGUGUCAGCUCCUUAUGGCUUCUUACGGAUGGACAACCGAGGACCUGGUAUUCCUGUGGAAGGACGUGGAGCCUGUGCAGGUCACGAAGAACCUGCACCUACCACGCUUCACCUUGGAGAAGUUCAUCACAGAUUAUUGCAACAGCAAGACGAACACCGGUGAAUACUCGUGCCUGCUGGUGGCGCUCAUCUUCAAGAGGGAAUUUUCAUACUACCUGAUCCAGUACUACAUCCCUUGCUGUAUGUUGGUGAUCGUGUCGUGGGUGUCCUUCUGGCUGGACCAAAACGCCGUGCCCGCCCGCGUGGCCCUCGGCGUGACCACGCUGCUCACCAUGUCGACGCAGACCUCCUCCAUCAACCAGUCGCUCCCGCCCGUGUCCUACACCAAGGCCAUCGACGUGUGGACGGGCGUGUGCCUCACAUUCGUGUUCGGCGCGCUGCUGGAGUUCGCCCUCGUCAACUACGCCUCGAGGUCCGACAAGCACCGCCACGCGGCCGCCCUCGAGGCUGUCAUGGCGGAGCAGGCGGAGGACGGUCACUCGGCUUUCGCCAUGCCGGCGUCUCCACCGCGCCCUCGAAGCUUGCUGGAGCUCCUUAUCUCAAAGACGAAGCCCCUCGUUUCCCGGCACAACGGCGGAAUGGGCGGCGAGAAGACGCGCCCGUGUGAGAUCCACCUGCAGGCGCCUCGCAAGAACUGCUGUCGCUCCUGGCUGUCCAAGUUCCCCACAAGGAGUAAGCGCAUCGAUGUCAUCUCCCGCAUCACUUUCCCGUUGGUGUUUGCCUUCUUCAACAUGGCUUAUUGGAGUACGUAUCUCUUCACGGAGGAAGAGGAAGACAACCCCAAAUAGAUGCGAAGAUGCAACCGGAAGCCGAUACAAGGUCGGCGGCUUCAAAUUACGUCACUGAUCGAUACGAAAGAUCCGGCAAUAAGGGGAGAAAAAAAAAACUUCGAAGAGUGAGUGAAACAGUUUUCCGAAAAAAAUAUAUAGAAAAUAAAAGAGAAAAGAAUGUGGAAAGAGAAUCUUUUGGGAUUUCUUUGUGAAAACAACAAGGGACUUUAAGUACGUUACAAGACGUUACUUGUGGCUAAGAAUUAUGUUCAUGACAUCAUGACAUGUGAUAUGCUAGGACACUCGUAACUUGACUCUGCAUUAAGAUUACCGGAAACGAUAGCACAAUUAUUCAUACAAAUAUAAUAUCCUGAUUAUAGAGCAUAAUGUUGCACGAAAAAAAAUAAUAAUGAUAAUAAGAGCAUGAAAUUUAACGGCAUAAAGACAGAUCUAAGGCAUAUUAAUCUGUUUGCAUAAUCAUAGAAUCCUUAGUAUACACAUAACUAUGUAACAUAAGAAAGGCAAUACUGGGAUAUUAUAAGCAGAGUGGAAUCGGAAAAAAAGAAAAAUAAAUGUGAUUGAAAUGUAACAGUAAUAACGUAUAAACAUGCAAGACUAUUCAUAAAGUGUCAGAGUCAAGCAUCAACGUUUUAUGAUAAGUGAGACGAAAGCGAAAACGUCAAUUUCAGGCACGAAGAAGAAGAAAAAUAACACAAAAGCAGGAAAAGGAUCUGCAACAAAAACAUUUGAAAUAUUGGGUUUAGACGAAAUGAAAUGAACGAUAAACAGAGGGAGGAUGCAUAUAAACAAGGUGAAAUUUAGACCAUUUUUUUGCGGAACAUGUAGAAGGACAUAUAAUGAUUUUUAUUAACUGUUGUGAUUACAUGUUGUUAGAAUUAACUGACAUACUGAAGGCAAUAAACGUCUACAGAUAUAGACAGUAGUGAGCAGUGCCAA